AACAGUCGAUUGAUAAAGCUGGAGGCAAAAUUGAAAGUGAGUCAUAGCACAGCUACAUGAAAUGUUGACAGAUUUGUGUAACAUAACCUCAUCUAAACGGAUCAAAAUAUUAUUGUCAAUGGAGAGGAAUUUGUUUCAUAAACAGAAAUGGCAAAGUCAUUUUCAGAUGCUCGAAGGGCAAACGUCGUAAAUACAUUAUCUAGUUUAAAGGUGUAUCCUUUACAGUAUUUUCCACAUUAUUUACAUCCAAACAAUACACUAUUCCUGAAUGGUAACGAUGAUGACACCGAAGAAGAGAAAUUCAAUCCAUCGUUGGGUAUUCAAGCGACUUAUCCACUUCAGCUGAAUCUAUCAACCGAUAUCAAUACAGUGGUCGACGAAAAUAUUGUUCUGAAAUUGGUACAUCAGAAGAACAACUACAUUAAUGAUGUUGCCAAACUGACAAGCAAUUAUAAGCGAUCGAAAUCGCAUGCAGCAAAGAAGACCAAAGGCAAUAUUUACUCAAUGCAUUUGAACAAAUUAAUGGAACUAAGUACCAAGGAUCCAGACCCAUAUUUUUUCGGAUCAUAUAAUUGGUAUUACACUGGUGGCACAGUGGAAACUGCAUCCAUAUUUGAUGUCGACUUUUUAUUUUAUGUGUCUGGCGAAAAUUUAAACAUAUUUAAUUCAAGCAUAAUUAAAUCGAACAAUGAUCGCCUUCACAUCCAACAUUUGGAUAGUACAAAUAAAAAAAUCUGUGAUACAAUAUUCGAAGUAAGCAAAUCGAAUGACAAUUGUUUUGUGGCCGCUCGUCAAAAGCAUCGUUUCACGCUGUUUUAUUUGCAAGACGAAUUGACACAACAGGAAUUUCGAUGUGAACGUAAUAUUCCGUUUAUGAGCGGCACAUUCAUUGACAAAUACUUCUAUACUAUCGAUGCAAAUCGAAUAGUUCGCCAACAUGAAUUGUAUGAACGAAGAGAGUGUAGUCGAAUGAAUUUAAAGUUACCGAAAAACAAUAGCUAUUGGUGUCAAUUGAAAUCUUAUAAUAAUCAACUUGUGUUCGCCGAUGAAAAUAAAUUGAAAAUUUAUGAUAGCCGAUUGUUUGCGAAGAAGGCAUCAAAAUGCAUGGAACUCUGUAUCGAUAGCAUUACAGAGAAAUGCGAAGAAAUCACAUGUAUUCACGCCGAUGCCAAUGAAAAUAAUUUAUAUGUAUCAACAACACACAAUUUAUUUGUGUUCGAUGUGCGAUAUGGAAUGGAGAGCGGCAAUCAAUUGACACGGUAUACACAUCAAAUGAAAACGCCACCGUUAAUGAUAGAUGCGAGCGGUGGUGGUGCCACUGGUGAUGCACCAAAUGAACGCUUAAUUGCUCUAUCUGGAACAUUUACCGAUGAUAUUGUUAUCGCUCAACAUAUCAAAGCACAAAAUAAUACACUUCGACACAAUAAUAUUCCACAAAGAAUACUGUGCUUAUCGGAUGCUUACAAACAGUUGAAAGAAAAUGGUCUUCAGUCAGAAUCGGAAAAUCUAUUGAAUAUUAAUAGAUCGAUAAAUGUUGGAACUCGUUUCGCCCGAAUUAAUUCCAAUUUAUUUUUGCUCAGUGAAAAAUCGUCCGGUGACAUAUUCUAUCAGAAAAUUACACCCGAUUUUACACAUCAACGUGACCGGGAAAUUGACGAAAAACUUUUUCAUAAUACCGACCUCAGUGGAAAGAAUGAAACAAAAGAUAUAACAGUUACUACGAUAACGAAUUUUGAUAGCAUCAAACGUAUUUUAAAUUUUAAAUUACCAAACGACACCGAAGCAUUGGACACAGAAAAUCCAAAACCGAAAAAAUGGCAACAAACAAUCGAACAAUUAUCAGCAUACAAAGAUAUGCUAUCAGCCGAACUGCUGACAGUCUGGAAUGAACAGGAAUUGGCAACAAAAGUGGAUAAAACUGAUAAAACGGAAUUUGUUAAUGGAUGGAUUAGUACAUCGAAUAAUGUAACGGCUUUAGACAAUGACGAUGAUGAUGAUGAUCGGAAUAAAAGCUUUUCAAUGUUUUGAUAUUGAACAUAAAUAAACAAAAAAAGAAAGAAAUGAAUUAAAACAAA